UUUUUUUUCUUAACUAAUUUUUUGCAGUGUGUACAUCAUAUCUUAAUCCCAAUUUUUAUAGCCCUUUUUUAUAGCUGAUUUUUGUACAUUGUGCCUCAAGUUUUAAUGUACGCAGACAUGAUUCUGUCUGUUACCGUAACAUUUUGUCUUUAUUUUAUCUCCCAGCCUUUUCUGAUUCCUAAGGGAUGAAGAAUCUCAUUGGCCCUUCAUCUUUGUUUGUUUUUCUACUUCGCCCCUCUUAACUCAUUUAUCGUUUCAUUCGAAGCCUACACGCUUUAAAAUCACCCAGACCGACUUUUCACUGAGAUACACUUGUGAUAAAAGCUUGCUCGGCUGUCGUCACUCCAUAGCGGGACUUCAAUGUCAUCCUGCAGGGAAAUAUAAAACCGACCUCAUGAGAUAAUAAUGAACAUUCAUGUAAGUGAUCUGAUCUCUGUAUACUUACUUAUACAUCUCUCAGUCAUGAGAGACAAUAAUUCAAUACAAUUCUGCAUAUUUGUCACUUAUGCCAAAUAUAAGCAUUACUGAAGUAUGUGACAUCAUCAUAUUUGCCAAUCAAUAUACGUCUCAAUAUCGCCUUAAUGCGUCAAUUUUUGUUUGUUUGUUUUUAAUCACUCAUUUUUAUGACUUUUCUGUGAUGUCUUUGAAUGGAGGAAGGUACAGUAGGAUGUGGGCCGGGUGUACACCGCUGGCCCUCCCCCCUGCGCUCUUAUAAGACCACACUUACUGAUGUAAGAACCACAGCAGAGACACCAAACCUGUGGAGGGGGGGCUGAAAAUAGACAUGCCAUCCGACACAAUGCCUCCGCACACCAGACACCUACAGACAGCCAGAGGAUUCAUGUUGAAGGUGUCCAGCUGGAGAAGUGCGUGUAUUCUGUACUCCCUGCUCUGCAUACUGGCUCUGCAAGAAGGCACGGAGGGUGCCAAAGCACGGUGUGGACGAGAGCUGGUCGCUGACCUGGAGUUGGUGUGUGGAGAUCGUGGAUUUUACAGAGGCAAACCUGGAGGACCCCGUGCCAGUGGUCCCCGCUCUCGUGGGAAAGGCAUCGUAGAGCAGUGCUGCGUACGAGGAUGUGACCUCCAGCAUUUGGAGUCGUACUGUGCCAAACCCCAAAGAGGGCGCCGUCAUGCCCCUGCGCUUCUCCAAGAAACUGUGGAAGAGCAGUUCUGGCGGGUGUUUCAAAGACGACACCAACAGCUUGCUGAGAUGAACAGGGACGGGAAAGCCACAUCUGAAAGACUCAGAGAGCGAGCGCUCCACCAAUGGAACUUCAGUGGUCCGGUUUUACUAAAUUCAGACACCAAGACACCCAACCGACCACCCUCUGCUCGCCAUCAUCUUUCCACUGACCGAAUGACAUCCAUAGUUAUGUUUAUCCCCCAGAUUGGAGAGUCAUAGCUCUUUUUGGAUCUGGACUUGACAUCUAACAAAUGACUUUACUGUCCUUGCAGAAGUAUGAACUGAUUUGUAAGUUGACAAGAUGAAAGAAACCUGCUGUAUUACAACCGAUGGAAGAACAAUAAUGCAAGUACACACAAGUACACUGACUGAAAUGCACUUGUGCAAUAUAGUCUGACUGGCUACACAGUUGUAUUAGUUGCCAUAUUGAAUGCAAUUUAAAUUGUGUUUCUAAUUUCCAAAGACUUUUGUUCUUGAAUGUACACUAUUUGAAUCUACACUUGUACUACACUUAUAAACCUGACCCAGAUAGCAGAUGACACCGGGCCGGAUCUGCACCGGAGCUGCUGACUCUGACGCAAAUCUGGCCUAGAGUCAUCUGUUGUCUGGGGAAAGACUGAAAAUAUGGGAUCACUGAAGGCUAAGUUAUUUUCUAUGUUAUGUGUUUAAAUGUGUUUUGUAAAAAGUAUAUUGCUUUAAAUAUUUUCUUACUUUUUUGACUUUUGGGUUUCAUUUAUAUUCAGGUUUUAUAUAUGAAUUAGUUUGAGCUUUCUGAUUCUUACAAUGGAAAUCUAUGCAGCUUUAUUUUUACCAAUGCCAUGCAUUUGCAUUUUUCCCCAAAUUUCCUUUAAUUUUAUAAGACACUUUAGGCAAGUGAGAUAUUUUAGAUAUUGUAAGAAAUGUGCAUGUU